GACAGGGGCAUUAGAGGCAAAGGCACCGCCUAUCGAGGUGGAUGGGGCCUUCCGCGUGGACCCGGCCACAGGAGGAUUGUCGCACUUGAACACUGUGAAGUGCGACAUCUCAGGUGCGGCCCAUGUCUCCGUGGCCUACGGCGGCCCCGAGGGUAUCGUUGUCACCUCCGCCUACGGCGGCGGGGGGCUGAACGUGAUCAAAGUUCGCGAGGAUGGCAGCUUGGCCGAGGUGGAGCCGGGUGCUUCGAUCCAACAUUAUGGGGGCAGCAAUGUUUACCAGCCCGCUGAGGGCAACGAGCAGGAGCAGGCACACCCGCACUCCUGCUUUAUGGAUCCUCAGGGAAGGUUUGCACUGGUCUCCGACCUGGGCCAAGACAAGAUCUAUACCUAUGCCGUGGACGCGCAGCGUGGUCGCCUUGAAGCUCGUCAGACUGCUGCCACAUCACCAGGUGCUGGGCCGCGACACCUUUGUUUCCACCCAAGUGGGCAGGUGGUGUAUGGCAUUAAUGAGCUCGACUGCACCAUCAACGUGUACAGCUAUGAUCGCGAGGAUGGGAAGCUUGGGUUGCUGCAGACCGUGUCGACGCUGCCGUCAGGCUACAACAACCGGGAUCAUGCCAAUGCGAAGAACGCGGCGGGAGAACCGGCAUCAGGGCCAAACCGUCCACAGCAGACCAAUGCAACUGCAGACAUCCAUGUCUCGCCAGAUGGGCGGUUUGUGUAUGGCUCAAACCGUGGACACGACAGCCUGGUCUGCUUCCGUGUCAGUGGAAGUGACCAACUGGAGCUGGUAGGCUUCACAUACACCCAAGGUGCUCACCCCAGAAAUUUCAGCAUUCACCCCUCAGGGGACUGGGUCUUGGUAGCGAACCAGGACAGCGAUAACGUGGUGGUCUUUAAGCGAGAUCAAGCCACAGGCGUUCUUGAGGCGACAGGCGCCAAGGUGACGCUGACAGCAGCGAGGUGCAUUCUGUGGGGGUCUCCAGUAGAACCUCGACGCUGA